AUGUUCAAGUCGAGGAGUACGGCUCUGGCAGUGCUGCUUCUGCUCGCGAUUCUCUGCAUAUCCUUCGUCGAAGCCACUCCCCAGAACAAAAACAACCAACAAACCCCACGAGACAAGGUGAUGAAAGAACCUGAGGGUAUAUCCGCCGAUCAAGGGUCUGGCUUGACCAUUCUCGACAAAACUCUCACCUGCAACAAUCUUGAGAUUCGAAUGAAAAUUAGCGGUCCCGCCGACCAGUUCACGAAAGCUUCAGGUGUGAAGGGUGCCGCCGCCGAGGCCGGUGACAAGGGUAAGAAUGGUUUAAUGGUGUUACUCCACGGCGAUGGCGGCCAGUCAUUCACCGCCUACCCCAACAAAGGUAUCAACGAGGCCAACCAAAUGGGCGUCGUAUUCCUCGCUCCCAACGACGGCCUCCAAUGGGGUGGUGCACCCAAGGGCCAGCAGGAGCGGCCAAACGGUGCCGCAGACGCACAAGCAGUCAACGAUUGCAUACAGAAAGAGCUCCCUAAGCUUAUCGCUUUCGACAAAGCAAACGUCCAGUUCAUGGGCGUUAGCGGUGGCUCUCAGAUGCUCUCUGGCUUCUUCAUGCCGAAAUUUAUGGGUAAAUACCCUAAAACAGGAGCCUUGUUUAGCUGUGGUGGCAUGGCUCCUCAAGUCGAGUUCGCGAGCGAUGCAAUGCAGGCCAUCAAGACGACUCGAAUCCACUUCGAGUCGACUUUCAACGAACUCGAAUCGCUACAAGAGACCAUUCCUCAGUCUAUUCCGGCAUAUGAGCAAGCCGCUGCGUCAGCUGGGCUAUCUGAGAACGAGAUCAAUCAACUACAGACGGUGGACAACGCCCCGAAAGGCGGGCAUUGCGCCUUUGAUGAGAAGAGUUUUGAGAGUGGUGUGCAGGCCUUGACCGACAAGUUCGUUGCAGUUAUGUCUGUUAAUGGCAAUGGUGAAGGAUUUGGGAAGGGAGUAGUUGGAAACGAGAAUCCCAAGUUCGGCCCAGAAAAGAGGCAGUAG